AGCUCUCUCGACUUUGUCCUUCUCUUCGACGACAACGCCAACAGCGACGACCAUGGCCUGCAUCUGAGCCCCCUCACACGGUACACUCGUCCACUAUUAUUCUUUCCACUAUCCUUAUUGCUGUGCAUGUCACCACCCCGACCUAAGUACACCUCCGAGUCAUCCCAGCGCCCAAACUGUUCAGUCUGAAUCACCAGGAACAUGAGCGUGGUGCAGGUGGGUAUCCACCUUAAGGCUGCCAGCACCGAGGGCGCACAAUGCUCAAGCAUACUCAACCGACAGAGCGAGAAUCCAGCCGUCGCUAGCUUGCUCUCCUUGUCCAUGGCAGCCGCCGAGGCAGCUCCGAUCCCCGUCCCGCAGACUCCCGCGAGCACAGUGUCGCCGCCGCUCGGCAGCAACAGCUACACGGGCAGCAGCCACAAUGGCCACGGAAGCCUGAACGGAAGCGGACACAGCACGACGACGAGCAAGGUCCAGAGCGCCAUGAAGCAUCGACGGCUGUCCUCCACUGGACAGAGCAAGCGCAGACUGAGCGAUGCUCGAGAGGCGACGAGCAGGCCUUCGUGCGUACCCUGUUUCUCUGUCGGUGUGCAGGGCGCAGACCGCCUUGUCUUACGCUUCGCAUUGGCAGGCCUCAGACCCUGCAGUCUGCAUCCGCGGCCCUGAAUGCGCUCGCUACCCUCUCGCUUGCCGGUUCUCCCCCACCACAAGCCGCGCCCCAGACGUCGACUUCUUUUGCCUCCGCUGUCGGUGUCAUACACCUCGAGUCUGAUACCGGCGAGCCCGAACAGGCUAUCAAGCAGGAAGAGGAGGAGCAGCCCCCGAGCUCUACGCCGGCGCCUUCUGGCGAAUUGAGUGGUGGUGGGAUUUCUAUCAAGAAUGGCAAGAAGCGAGGCACCAUUUUCAAGUGCGAGACUUGCUCCAAGGUGCGUGGCUCUUUUAUAACGCUCCUUCGGAUGAUUGUU